AUCACAACAAACAUGGCGUCCGGAGGCGGCUAGCCGACAGGAAGGAGACGCUGUAAAAUCAUCCAAAAACACGUUUUAACUGACAGUUUUAUCACUUAAUAACAAGAUUACAUUCUCUUCUGCUCCGUCUCGGUGUCGGGAUGGAGUCCGCCCCGUUUCCAGAGGAGGUUUCGGAGAGGAAAGUGUGUGUUGUCGGCUCGGAGCUGGUGGAAAACUACACGGUCUAUAUCAUCGAGGUGUUGGAUGGAGAACACCGAUGGACCGUGAAGCACCGAUACAGUGACUUCCACGACCUCCAUGAAAAGCUGGCGGCUGAGAAGAAGGUGGACCGGCGGCUGCUUCCUCCUAAGAAGAUGUUGGGGAAGAACUCCAGGAGUCUGGUGGAGCGGCGGCAGAAGGAGCUGGAGCUCUACCUGCAGACGCUGCUGCAGCAGUUCCCCCAGGCCACGCCCUCUUCCCUGGCCUGCUUCCUGCACUUCCAGCUCUACGAGAUCAACGGCAUCACAGCAGCUCUGGCUGAAGAGUUGUUCCAUAAAGGAGAGCAGCUGCUGCAGGCCGGCGAGGUGUUUUCUCUGCGUCCUCUGCAGCUUUACUCCGUCUCCCAGCAGCUCCGUCUGGCUAAACCAACCUGCUGUAACGGAGACGCCAAGACCGACCUGGGACACAUCCUGGACUUCACCUGCAGGCUGAGAUACCUCAAGAUGUGUGGCAGCAGAGGUCCAGUAGGAACCAGUAACAUCCAGGAGAGCUGUCUGCCCUUCGACCUGUCUGUCUUCAAGUCUCUGCUGCAGAUAGAGAUCAGCGAGUGCAGCUCUCAGCAGAUUCGAGGUCUGUCGUCUCUGAGGUCGAGUCUGGCGACUCUGAGCAUCCACCACUCCACCGACACCAUGACGUCGGUCCUGGUCCCGGAGGCCAGCGAGUUCUCCCAGUGGGAGGCCGAGGGGGCGGAGUCAGGCUGCCCCGUCACCGCCGUCAUCCCCGUGUGGAGGAACCUGACCACGCUGGACCUGAGCCACAACACCAUCAGCUCCAUCGACAGCUCAGUGAAACUGAUUCCUAAAGUGGAGUUUCUGGAUCUGAGCCACAACCAGCUGUCCACAGUGGAAAACCUCCAGCACCUGUACAACCUGGUCCACGUGGAUCUGUCCUAUAACAGCCUGAAGCUCCUGGAAGCUGCUCACACCCGUCUGGGGAACAUCAAAACCCUGAGCCUGGCUGGGAACCAGCUGGAGCAGCUGACCGGCCUCACCAAACUCUACUCGCUGGUCAACCUGGACCUCAGCCACAACCUGCUGGCUCAGCUGGAGGAGAUCAGGAACAUCGGCUCUCUGCCCUGUCUGGAGAAGCUCAACCUGUCCACUAACCCCAUGUGCAUCAUCCCCGACUACAGAACCAAAGUCCUGGCCCAGUUUGGAGACCGCGCAGCAGAGGUUUGUCUGGACGGUGAAGUGACGACGGAGAAGGAACUGGACACGGUGGAAGUGUUGAAAGCCAUUCAGAAAGCCAAAGAAGUCAAAGACAGGAUGAGCAGCGGCGACAAGAAGAUCAGUGAGGAGACCAGGCUGUCUGCUGCUGCACCUCCUCACCUCUCCUCCUCCUCCUCCUCCUCCUCUCCCCCCUCCUCUUCCUCCUUCUGCUCCUCUGCUGUUGUUGCUCCUCCUGCUGUCACCUCCUCCUCUUCCUCCUCCUCCUCUUCCUCUACCUCUUCCUCCUGUCGGGCCCAGCAGGCUGCCUGCCCCAGCCAAGAAGUGACGAGCAGAGAAGAAGCUGCUGUUCCCCCCAGCGUUCUCCCUCCCGUGGACGCUGCACCUCCCCCCCCAAGCUUUAACACCAACACACACCUCCUGUCUGCUGACGCCAGCCAGGUACAAAAAGCUGCUGUCAGUCUGUCUGAACACACAAACAAACUCUGUGGAGCUCCUACAAGCACAUCUACUACUACUAUAACUACUAUAACUACUUCUACUACUACUACUACUACAAAUACUGUCUGCGGUGUCUGCUCCUCUCCCUCCUCCAGACCGGCUGAGACCUCCUGCCUCUGCUGCUGCGCCUCCUGGUGUCCUCGUCUUCCUCCUCACCUCCUCUCCCUCUCCUCCUCCAACAAAGACUUCAUUGCCCAGCUCUCCCAGCGGCUCGGCUCAUCCUUCAAGGAGCAGCAGCAGCAGAAGGAGAAGGAAGAGGAGGAGGAGGAGGGAGAGAAGGGGGAGAAGGAGGAGAAGAGGUCUGAGUCCAGAGAGGUUCAUGUGGAGAACACUGAGGUGGAGAGUUCUGGUCCGGGCUCCAGGGACGGAUACUUUGAGAUGGGUCUGGAUGAUUCUGUGGAGGAGUCGGUCUGCUCCUCCUCCACCUCCCUCCCUGCUCCUCCUCCUGCAGAGGAGCCUGGAGGCCAGCAGGAGGAGCUCUGUGAGGAGGAGGAGGAGGAGGAGGAGGAGCUGCAGGUCAGCAGGGUUCUGUGGUGCUACUGUCUCCAGGUGAAGGAGCAGGUGGAGCAGAAGGAGGCGUGUCUGGUGCUGACGGACCGACUGCUGGCUCUGAUGUACCUGACAGACGGCUUCUCAGCCAAUCAGAGCGCAGAGGAGGAGCAGAGUGUCUCCGUGGAGGAGGUGCUCUCCAGCCUGCAGCUCCACCUCCUGCUGCCGUACUCUGACCUCCUGCUCUCCUCCCGAGCCGAGCUCCCUGACUCCUGCCUGGGCUUCGGCCUGGCUUCGACCCGCUGGUACGUCUUCUCUGAGGCCGAGGAGCUCCGGAGGACCAGGAGCCGGCUGGCGGCGCUGAUCCAGGAUGUGAAGCGUCAGAGAGACCCGGAGCCCCCCGAGCCUCCUCAGCUCUUCCCCCGCUGCCUCAUCAACUCCUGGGAGCAGGAGGAGAGUCAGGGAGCCCAGGGAGGUUAUCCUGCCUUCCUCCUGCCCUCCUCCUCCUCCUCCUCCUCCUCCUCCCCGGAGACCCACCCCCUCCUGUCAGACAUCAUCUCAGAGACGGAGGACCCCCGCCUCCCCUCCCUCCUCUUCCUCACCCACCGACACCUCUGGGUGCUGCACAUGGACUUUAAGGAGCUGGCGGAGAGAGAGAGGAGGAGGAGCACUGACCUUCAUCACUCCUCCUCAUCCUCCUCCUCCUCCUCCUCCUGCUCCUGGUGCAGGCUGGUCCGUGUGCCCCUGGGCUCCGUGGUGCUCCACCCCAGAGAGAGAGCUCCUCCUGUCGGGGAGAGAACCAGCAGCACCUCCUGCCCCGAGCCACAACACCUCCUCAGGAGGAGCCACUGUGUGGAGCUGCUGCUGGGAGGCCAGAGGCUGCUGCUCUUCUUCCCUCUGGCCCACAACAGGAGCUCCUUCCUGGGGGAGCUGAGGCAGCGCAGAGCCUCUCUGGAGGGGCUCAAGAUGGUGGCCCUGCCCCAGGGGCAGCACACUCCAGGCCGUCACAGACCCAGAGACCAGUGCUGCUGUACCAGUACGAAGAAAUCCCACAGCAGCAGCUGGGACUCCUCCCUCCUCCACAUGGAGGAGAACCGUCCCUCUCCUCACCUCUCCUCAGGUUUCUCUCCAGGACUGAAGCUGCUGUCUGGACUCAGAGAACAACAGCUGCUGACGUUCUUCACCAGAUAUAUAGCAGAGUCUGAGGCGGAGGAGGUGAGACAGGUGUUGUGGCUGUCUGUGGUUCUCUACAAGUCUCCAGACUCUGAGCUCACCUGCUGUCUGCUGCUCUCCACUGACUCCAUCUACUUCCUGUUGGAAGACUCCGCCUCCACGCUGGGUCAUCACUCAGUGUUGGACCUGAUGUCCUCUGGAGACCCAGCUGUGUGUCUGUGCUGCUGUCUGUCCAUCAGACUGUCUGACCUGCUGUCUGUCAACGUGGGACUGUUUGACCAGUACUUCAGAGUCCUCGGUCGCUCUGCGGACCACAUCGUGUGCUGUCUGAGCAGGGACAGCUAUGGUACGGGGGUUUUCCUCCAGGAGUUGAUGUCGGCUCUCAGCCUGCAGCAGCAGCAGCUUCCUGCUCCAGAACCAGAGGACCAGGACUUCUACUCCCAGUUCACCAGCACACACACAGGUAAGAUGCAGAACUACGAGCUGGUCCACAGCAGCAGGGUGAAGUUCAUCUACCCCAGCGAGGAGGAGAUGGGAGACCUGACCUUCAUCGUGGCAGAGAGGAAGACUCCGGCCGGAGCAGCGUCUUCGUCCUCGAGGUCCUUCAACGUGCUGCUCUACCUGCUGGUCUUCCAGGUCCAGAUCCCCAACAGUCUUCCCAGCCAAGGCUCCUCCCUCUCAGGCCACGCCUCCUCUGGUUCUGGUUCUGGUUCUGGUCCGCUGCUCCAGCCCAGGACUCUGAUCCUGACCAGCACCGACGUGUUCCUGCUGGACGAGGACUACGUCAGCUACCCGCUGCCCGACUUCGCCAAAGAACCUCCAUCCAGGGAGCGCUACCAGCUGCGAGAGGCUCGGAGGAUCCGGGACCUGGACCGGGUCCUGCUGGGCUACCAGACCUACCCUCAGGCUCUGACGCUGGUGUUCGACGACCUGCCGGGCCCCGACCUGCUCUGCCACCUCACCAUGGACCACUUUGCUGCAGCCGGGGAGGAGGGGGCGGAGCCUAGAGGGGGCGGGGCCAGCAGCGGGGCGGAGGGCGAGGUCCAGUGGUGCGUCUUCGUCCCCGGCGCCGACAGCAGAGAGAGGCUGAUCUCGCUGCUCGCACGCCAGUGGGAGGCGCUCUGCAGCAGGGAGCUUCCUGUGGAGCUCACCGGCUGAUUGGUGGAGCAGAGGCAGAGUGGGCGGAGCCAGACAGAUAUGGGCGGGGUCAGGCAGAGUAGGCGGGGCCAGACAGACGUUUUGAUGCCUCAAUAUGCUUCAAACGGAGUCGUCUCUAAAGAAACCAGCGAGAUACGAUGAAAUCAAUCAAACGGGGAAAACAAAGCACACUUAGUCUCUCUAGAGGCCUUUAUCUUGUUUAUCUUGUUUAUCAUGUUUAUCUUGUUAGCAGAGAAAAAGAGUCUGAGCUCAUUUAAAACCCUUUUACUUUCAUACCUGCAGACUUCAGCCAAUCACUGUAUAAAGGGUCUGAAAUAUGAUCCACCAGAAACUGAAUUUUUAAAAUUUAUAUUUGAAUUUAAAUUGCUAAACUUGAAUCAUUGCAUUAAAAAACUGAAUCUGAAUUGUAAUUUGAAAUUGAAUUUAUUUGUUAAAUCGGCAACCGGGUGGAAACAAAUGUUACAAAAAUAAACGGAGGUGCUGAUUGGCCGAAGAGGCGCUCUGUGUAUUUUCCUCAACGACCAGGAUGUUCGUUACAGAACGUUUAAAUUGAAUUGUGAGAACUGAAUGUUCAGUUCCAGACUAAUAAAUUCAGCUUCAAAUUACAAUUCAGAUUCAGUUUUUCAAUGCAAUGCAAAACAAUUCAAAUUCAAAUAUAAAUAAUUGAACUUCAGUUUCUGCUGGCUCAUAUUUCAGCCUGUAGUCUUUGUUGACUCAACUACAUGAAUUGUCAAACAGCGAAACACUUUCAGACUUUCUCUCUUUGAAGACGUUGAUCAUGAAGCGCUCAGUUCAAAAGAAAAGUACGAGAGAACAUUUUAACCUCUGCAUGCUUUCAUAUCGCCUCCACACACCUGCAGACAGUGGAGCAUGAUUGUUGAUUUCAGAGUUUAUUAGACGAGCUCUUAGUUUGAAGCAUACCGGGGCCGAUACGUGUACCUCAGAUUAAAGGGAUGUGACUUUGUUCUCACGCCGCUUUGUUUCCGCUGGAGAAAUAAAAACUCUACAGAGACUUCACACGGAGCCCAAAUAAUGGGAGUUUCGGGCAAAACUUCUUGCAAAGUGUCUGAAACGGAGAUUAACAGAUUUGUGGGAUGAUGUGAUUUGAUUGACAGACAGACUGAUGUUGCACAGCAGGGGGCGCUGCAGACAGUCCACAGGAGAUCUUAUUUUUUAUUAAGUAAAGCUUAAAGGAACAGUUUGUCAUUUCUGGUAAAUCCUCUUUGCUCUUUUUCAUCCUCGGAGUCAGAAUAGAAGAUUUAUUUCUCUGUGUGUCCAGUAGGUGUUAGCCUAGCUUAGCACAAACACUGGAAGCAGAGGGAAACUGCUAGCCUAGCUUAGCACAAACACUGGAAGCACAGGGAAACUGCUAGCCUAGCUUCAUCAACAACAAAAAUGAAAAUAAAAAGCCAACAACUCCAAAGCUGUCUGAGUUACAUGUUGUUAUUUAUGUUAAAAUGCUCUUAAAACCAAAAAUCAUUUUUCAUUUGUGCAUUCUGACUCUGAGUGAAUAAGACGACGAGGAAAACCAGAACUGAUGAACUGUUGAUUUAAGCAACACACACACACGCACACACACACACACACACACGCUGCUCGGCACAAUCUGCUCUCUGAACAUUUUAUUCCUUGCACAUUGUACUUGAUGAAGCAGUAUUAUUGAAAUGUAUAUUGAAGCUUUUUAUUAAUAUUAUAUUAAUAUAAUUGUGUUUUUGGGGACAGACGGAUGUUUUCCAUCCUGAAACAGAUUUUGUACUAAACACGAAGCUCCUGAUGACGACGAUAUUUCCAAAAAGAACUCUUAAAUAUCACAUUUAGUAUUAUCAUUGAGUAUUAUUUUUUAUAUUUCUUUGUGUUUUAUUCCAUUGUAUGUUAUGUUUUUGGUACAUUAUUCAUAGACUGAUGGGAAGCCAGCCACCAUUCACCACUGAUGUUUACGUGUUGUCUUGUUAAAGGGGAAUGCCACUGAAUUAAAGUGAAAAUGAAAAACUC